CUGCUGGCAGCACCGUGUACUCAGUAUAUAUACUGGCAGUCCAUCUUAUCUCUCAAGACGAUACUGAAGAACUACAGUCCCUGCUCAAAAUCCUAAAUAUGGCUGGAAAACCAAAGUUAUAUUAUUUCAAUGGAAGAGGGAAAAUGGAAUCCAUACGCUGGCUCCUGGCUACAGUUGGUGUUGAGUUUGAAGAAGUGUUUUUAGAAAAGAGGGAACAGUAUGAAGCUCUGCUUAAAGAGAGAGCUUUGCUUUUCCAGCAAGUGCCAAUGGUGGAAAUUGAUGGCAUGAAGUUGGUACAAUCUAAAGCCAUUCUGCAGUAUAUUGCUAGGAAGCAUAACCUUUAUGGGAAGGAUCUAAAGGAGAGAGUAUUAAUUGAUAUGUAUGUAGAAGGGACCACUGAUCUCAUGGAGUUGAUGAUGUCUCAUCCAUUCCUACUACCAGAGGACAAAGAGAAGAACAUUGAGCUCAUUAUAGAGAAGGCAAAGAAAAGAUACUUCCCAGUCUAUGAAAAGGUGUUACAAGAUCACAGAGAAAACUUUCUAGUUGGCAAGAAGUUGAGCUCUGCAGAUGUACAAUUGUUGGAGGCAAUCUUAAUGGUGGAAGAAAAAUCUGCUGAUAUCCUCUCUGAGUUCCCUUCGCUCCAGGCCUUUAAAGAGAGAAUAAGUGAAAUCCCAACUAUCAAGGCCUUCCUGCAGCCUGGGAGUAAGCGGAAACACCAACCCGAUGAUACAUACGUGACAACCGUGAGGGAGGUCCUCCGCAUGUACUAAGGUCGCAUUCAGUUUGUGCAAAUUCAUAUCCAACAGCGGCAUAUUUGAUGGAAGAAGUAGAGCACAAAAUGAUUUCCAUUAUUUUAAAACCGUUCUUCAUACUUUUACUAGUUUGUAAAAUGGUUAUGCUUUGAACAAACAUUAAAUGUUGUAUACGAUCAAA